AAAAAAAGAAAAACCCCUCCAACAACAACAACAAGUGCAGCAACAAAAAGCGCAGCAUUUUCACCGGUGCAGUUCUUACCUCUCCUUCUCUCCAUAGAGUAUAAAGUGGAUUAGCAGCAGCAGCAGCAGCAGACACAACCAGGAGCAUCAGAAGGAUAACAGCAACCAAACUAAAGCAUCCGUUUUUUAUUUUGGUUGUGAAUUUUAAUGCAGAGCUCUGAGCGUGCUUAACUUUUGACUGUUCAUGAAAUCAUGAUUACGAGAAAAUGCUGAUAAAAAUGUCGGCAAACAUUAAUUGCAAGUCUAAACAAAUUCAAGUGGUGCUACUUUUUGUGACCACUCUCUGCCUGCUACAUUCAAAUGUCGCUUGGGCAAAAAAACUGAAUGCUAGCCAAGCUUUCGAUGACACAUGGAACACAGCCUCCGAUUUAGAAAAUGAACUGGAACAACAGAAACGAGCUAAAAGCUCUGGAUCAACGAAUGGACAAAUGUCAAGUGGAUCGGGUAGUGGAGGAGCAGGAGGUGGAACGCCUGGUCAGUGGUCAUCGUGGUCGGAAUGGUCGACUUGUUCGCGCACCUGCGAUGGCGGCAUUAUGCAACAAAUGCGUAGAUGCAGCAUCCAGGGAAGUUGUCGGGGUGAGAGUGCCCGCUAUCGCAUCUGCAACAUGCAACCAUGUCCGGAGCAACAGGACUUCCGGUCAAAUCAGUGUGCCGCUUAUAAUGAUGUACCCUACGAUGGCACUCUAUACAAAUGGACACCGCACUAUGAUUACGUUGAACCCUGUGCGCUAACAUGCAGAGGCCACCCGGCGCAUCUUACCGAGGAUAUCUCACGAGAGACGGCUGCUGGCAAUGCUGAAGAAACGGAACAUUAUGAUGAGCAAAGUGUCAUUGUGCAAUUGUCGGCAAGGGUACAGGAUGGAACCCGUUGUCGUUCCGGCAGUUUGGAUAUGUGCAUCCAAGGAAAAUGUCAGCGCGUUGGCUGCGAUUUGAAAAUAGGCUCGACAAAAAAAAUCGACGGUUGUGGCGUUUGCGGCGGGGAUGGCAACUCAUGCUCACAACCUCUCUAUUACUGGGAGAUGGCACCGAUGUCGCAAUGCUCUGUCACCUGCGGCGGCGGUUACAAAAUGUCUCGUCCUAUAUGCAGGAAUCGUCUAACCAAUGCUGAUGUCGAUGAGACGCUCUGCAGCGUUGCUAAUCGCCCGGAGCCGUCGGUGGUGCCAUGUAAUACACACAGCUGUCCGCCGCGUUGGAUAACCGACGAUUGGAGCACUUGCAGUCGCCUCUGUGGUCAUGGCUAUCGUGAACGGAUGGUUGUCUGUGCCGAAGAGACCAAUGGCAUCAAAACUAGGGUUGCAGAUAUUAUGUGCCGCACUCCUAAACCGCCAACACAAGAGACCUGCAUUAUCGAGGAGUGUCCGCAUUGGGAGGUGGAGGACUGGACUGGUUGUUCCGUCUCCUGUGGCCAGGGCAUACAAAUGCGAGGCGUUGAAUGUAAAUCCACCGAUGGCAGUUUAAGUGCCAAAUGCGACCCCCUAACCAAACCGGCCAGCAUGCAGCAAUGUUCCACGGGCAUACAUUGUGAUGGCGGUGGCGGGAAGAGUAAGAAUGGCGGUGGAACCAUCAUUUUGGGCAGCAGUCGUUCAAUGAAUGAGCGUUCUGAUCGUCAUAUGGAUAGCUCAGAUGUGGAUGAUGACGACGAUGAUGAUGACGAUGGAGAUAUGGAUGAUGAAGCUGAUGAUAUUGAUGAUUUAGAAUCGGGUCAGGAUACAGAUGAUGGCGAUGGAUUAUCUUAUGCCGAUCAACCAUUACGCUAUGCCCAUCAUACACAGAGUCGUUUGCAUCAUGAAACCCCUGAAGAGCCACGUACCAUGCGCUUAAUGAGCGGAAAUACGAAUAGUAAUAGUAAUAACAACUAUAAUAAUGGACGAGGAAAUAAUGGUGGAACCGAUGAACCAUCAUUAGAUCCCACUUAUAUCAAAGACACGGUGUGGUCAGCCUGCAGUGUUACCUGUGGUGAGGGCAUCCGUCGGCGUGCCUUUAAAUGCAAAAUACUUUUAGAAUUCUCGCGUACCAUAGUCGUGGUGAACGAUACAAUGUGCGAGGGUGCUAAACCCCACGAUGAGGUUGAACGCUGUGUAGAAGAGCCGUGCAUGUUGCCCUCUCACGGCUAUGAUGACCAAUUUCCACGAGAUUCGAUUAAGGUUGGUGUAUCGGAGCCAGGCAAGACAUAUGUAUGGCGCGAACAGGGUUAUACAUCGUGCAGCGCCUCAUGCCUGGGCGGUGUGGAGGAGCUUAUCAUCAAUUGUGUACGCGAAGAUAAUGGACGAGUAGUUUCACCCUUUUUAUGUUCACCAGAGACCAAGCCCGAGGCUAGGGUACGCACUUGCAAUGAUCGUCCUUGCCCACCAAGAUGGAAUUACUCGGAUUAUACGCCAUGUUCGAAGAGUUGUGGCAUUGGCAUCAAGACGCGUGAGGUUCAAUGCAUACAUGAGGUCACACGUGGUGGGGAGAAUACCAUGGUGGUGCCCAAUAGCAUGUGUCCACAGCCACCGCCAGCCGAUCGUCAGUAUUGCAAUGUUCUCGAUUGUCCUGUACGCUGGGAGGUGGGUGAAUGGUCGAAAUGUUCACAUACUUGCGGCUAUGGCAUCAAGGAUCGUAAAGUGGAGUGCAAACAAAUUAUGGCCCAGGAGCAUAAAAUCGAGAGGCCAGAAUCAAUGUGUCCCAGUAUAAAACCACCGGAUAAGAAACCAUGCAAUGUUAAGCCAUGUCCUCCAGAGGAUCCCAAGCCGGUCAUUCAAAUAAGUAAUUCAACGCAUAUACAACAUGAUCCGAAGAAAACUAAAAUAACUUUGAAAGUGGGUGGAGCUGGUGUUGUAUUCUUUGGCACACAGGUCAAAAUCAAGUGUCCUGUGAAGCGUUACAAUCGCACGAAAAUAAAGUGGAGCAAAGAUCACAAACCUCUGCAACGAUCACGCAAAUUCAAAGUAUCGAAAAAGGGUGCACUGAGAAUUUUGGAUAUAACAUUCCGUGAUGCUGGCGUCUAUUCGUGUCAUGCCGGUCUCAGUUCAGCUGAGAUAAAUAUUGAAGUUAAGGCUAAGCCAGGUCAGAAGGCUGAAGACCUAGAACGUCAGGAGGCAGAUCGUUUGGUGCGUGAACGAAGUGGCACCGAGGCUCUAACAUCGGCGGAUAUGAAGUCAGCCGAUGGGCUUGGCGGCGGUGGAGGCAACGCAGCUGAAGGAAAUGCUAAUGGGUCGUCGCAGCAGGGCACACGUCGUCGUCAACAACAGUCGGAGCGCAUGCAGAAUGGACGUGAACGCAAUCGUCGACCAAAAUCGGAUGGGAUUCAACAUGCGGACAGCAGCAUUAUGGAAGAUGAUCAAUCGCAAUUAGUGCAAUCGCAGGACAGAAUUCCACAACCAGCUAGUGCCAGCAGCGGUGGCAGUCGCACCAAAACUUUACUGGCCAUGCCAUAUUUUCAGGCAUUGCUGAGCAAUCUUCAGUUACUAUGGCCCUUGCAGCGUUUCAAGGAUUCACGUGGCCAACAUUUGCUGCAUGGCGAGGCGAUCAAGUAUGGCGUUGAUUUGGAACCUCAACAUUUCGAGCAAGAUGAACCAGUGCGUGUGAUGACCAAAGAGCUAAAUAUCGAAGCGAAAGCUAUGGGGGAAACGACUGAGGCGACGCAACCACCCCAUAUGCCGCAUGCAAGAUGGGAGACAGCAACCACUGCAACAACUACAACAACAACAUCAACAACAACACCAAAAGCAACAACAUUGUCGUCAACAAAUUUGAGCAUUGAAAGCGAUGGCUUUAUCUACAAAUGGCAUUUGGGUGAUUGGUCCAGAUGCAGUCAGGAAUGUGGUGCAGCUGGCAGUGGUUUACAGCGCCGCACAUUAAGCUGCCUGCGAGAGGCAAAGGCCGGGAAUGGCAAUACCAACACCAACACCAACACUAACAACAAGGACAAUGAAAACGACAUGGUGGACAAUUCAAAGUGCACCGCCCACGGCCUGGACAUGCCCGACACGUUCCAGAGCUGCGGCAAUGAGCCCUGUCCUCAGUGGACCAAGGGCGAUUGGACUUUGUGCCAGAACUCCCGCUGCCAUGGUCGGAAUACGGCUGUGCAGCGUCGUGAGGUAAGCUGCCGGUAUGAGAACGGCAGUUUGGGCACGGCUUGCGAUGAGUACGAGAAGCCUCUGGUGCGUCAGGAAUGUUACAAUGAGCGUUGCAAAGGCGUUUGGCGUGUGGAGCCUUGGUCUGAGUGUAAUGCUCCGUGCAGUCGCCAAGGCAUCAAGUACCGCAUACUGCAGUGCGUUUGGUAUGGCACUCGUCGGCCAGCUGGCAAUGUGUGCAAACAUCAGCCCCGCCCAGCGGUCAGAAAGGUCUGCAAGAGUCCACCCUGUCAGGCAAAGUUGUCCGCAUCGGCAGCUUUGCAUUGUCACGACUCGUCACGUUAUUGUCGCAAUGCUCGAUCUAUGGGUCUAUGUCGACUGCAUCGAUAUAAGGAGAAAUGCUGCAAUUCAUGCCAACAAUCGGCCCAUCAAUAUAUAUUCCAGUAGUUGGACUUUUUGUAGUUGGUCUGCAAGCAAUUGCUCUAAGUAACUUGGAGUGAAACAUUAAGCAAAUGAAAAAUGAAAAAAACAAAAAUAAAUAAAAGCAAGCAUA